UCCUCUAGUUGUCUUUCCUCAAGUCACUGAUGUGCAUGUCAGUGUGGAAAGAAAACAUUUAUCCGAACUUGGCUGUCAUUCUAAAUUGGAGAAAAUUGGAUUUAGCUGUUUUGCAGGUGUCUGUGUUCACUUGGUCUGCCAGGGCAUCAGUACGCAGAGAAGUGCACAGCUGAAGUAAAGGAGAGCCGCCGAUUUCAGUCACAUUUCCAACCAUUGUGAAUAGGACAGCAUCGAUAUUCUCAUAUGUUCGGAACGAUCUUUGUAACCAUGACGAGUUUGAAGGCGUUUACCGAUCCGUUUGUGCAUCCUGAGCAAGCAGCUACAUGUUCUCUGCAUUCCCUUGCUGAGCUGAACCAGUCUUGAAUGGAUUCGGGCAGCACAGGUCUGGAUUUGUCUACAGCACUGAAUGGGACUGUGGCAGUGCAGCAGUACCAGUCCUAUCCCAUUUGGCACUCUAGGCAAGACCCUCCAGUAACCCCCCCUCUCCACUCAAAUUAUUAGAGAGGAGAGUGUCCUCUGAACCAGUGGAGGACACGGACCCCAGCAGCUUCGUUACAGAGAUGUCACUGAGGUCGAACUAUCCUGUUCAGGUCACUGAUCCACAAGAUAUGAGAGAUCCUGUGACCCUGAAGCUCAGCUCAGUUCCCCCUGGUUACUUGACUCCACUGGCAGACAGGAUACAACAGCCUGUGGAAAAUGAUGGGAAGAAAUUUAUUCCAUCUGCUUCUGUUUCAUCAGACUUUAGCAAAGACCUUACAUCCUGUAAGGAGUGCUUGUGUUCCGCCCCUCCUCCCAAAAUCAGUGACUUGAUGAACGACGAAGAUCUUCUGUACACACUGAGGCUGAAGCUGGACCCGACUCACUGCAUUGUAAAAAACUGGAAGAACUUUGCGAGUCGUUGGGGGAUGAGUUACGAUGAGCUUACACUUUUAGAGCAGCGCACACACGGAUCCACCUACCACAGCCCCACUCAAGAAUUCCUAUUGCGCUACAACCAGAAACCCGUCAAGGAACUCACCGAACUCUGCCAGAUCUACCAGCGCAUUGACGUGCUAAGAUUGCUCCAGAGAUGGAUGGAAAACGACUGGCCCUUGCGCUGGCAGAAGGCCAAUUAACAGGGGCUCAGUGAAAACAAUUACUGGACUUCAACGUCUUCAUAGAAUCUUAAAGAAAUGACUUCAGGGAUGGAUGGCAAGUCAGAACACACACACUGCUAAACAGUGGUGCCUGGAUAUUGUUUACAUGUUUGUAAAUGGUUGUGAUACCUUUAUCGACACAGCGGUUGCAUUGGCUCAAUUUAUCGCUCCAGAUUUCAGCAUUUUUAUAAUGUCACAUCCUUGAAACACAGGUAAUAGCUAUGUGGUUGGAAGGAGUUAUCAACAAAUAUAGCAGUGUCCUCCCUGCGCUGAAAAGACCAAGUGUGCUCUAGUGUGAACAAUCUGGAAAUUAUUUAUCGCUCUGGUCUUUUAUGACACGUGUGGCAUUUAAUUUAUAUUUAAAUACAAAUAGUCAUCUCAUCUUUACUUGUGGUGCUGCAGUGUUUGUUAGGGUUGUUUUAUGAAGUGUUUUAAGUCCUUACAUUAGUUACAUUUGUUUAUGUAUGUGUCACUGCUCUCGAGAUCCAAAUUAGUUUUGAGACCGUUUCUCAUUAUUAGUGUUGCCUUCCUGCCAUCCUAUAACAACCUGUGAAUGAAUCACAAUGGAGCGGUUGUUUCAUUUCUGGAAGAGAGAUUACAGGGAUUCUCAAAACUGAAAGGUUAAUACCAAGGACAUAUUAGUGCUAAAUGAAUUUUAGCAUUUUGUUUCUCAUUGUAACAUCCUAAAAUAUAUUUUAUCCCAAGAUAAAAGGAGAUUAGAGGUAGUUUUGAUAAACGUGAUUGACUUAAUUAGAUUUUUCAUCAUUUCCCAGACAGUAUUAAUGCAUUGUCAUUUUGCAGUCGAUUGUCAGUUGAGUAUACAAAAUCAAAUUACCCAGAAUGCCAUUUUAAGUAAAGUAACAGAAUUAAUAAGGUAUACAAAUGUAUUUCUGGAUUAGACACUUGGCAUUGGUUUGAGUUAAUAUAAUCAUGAAGGUCUAAGCUACAAAAAGAUCUGUGCAGGAAACUUUGUCUGUAUAUUGGGCCAAAUUCAUAAAAUAGAAAUGGAUAUAUAUAUAUUUUUUAUAAAUGAUCGAAUGCAGCAAUUUCUUUAAUAAUGGUUUUGCAAACUACUUAAUUCAUUCUGCUUGUGUUUCAUUGUGUGGUGCGGGCUCUUUAGGAGGCCAGUUAACCAAGGUUCAGCAUUUUGGAAAACAUAAUGUCAUACUGUAUGUAAUGUAAAAAAUUGUAUCCAUAUAAAGGGGUAGUUUCAUCAUUUACUCACACUCAUGCCAUCCCAAAUGUGUAUGACUUUCUUUCUUCUGCUGAACACAAAUAUUUUUAGAAGAAUAUAUCUUCUCUGUAGGUCCAUAUAAUGCAGAUGACUGGUGGCCAGAACUUUGAAGGUCCACAAAGCAUAUAAAGGCAGCAUAUAAGUAAAAAAUCCAUAUAUUUAGAAGCAGUAUGAUAGGUAUGGAUGAGAAACAGAUCAAUAUUUAAGUCUCUUUUCACUAUAAAUCCUCCUUCUUGUCCAGUAUGUGGUGGUGUGCACAAAGAAUGCAAAAUCACCCCCCAAAAAAGUGGAAUGUGGAACUGAAAGUGGAGAUUUAAAAAAUAACUUAAAUAUUGAUCUGUUUUUCACCUACACCUAUCAUAUUUCUCAGAAGACAUGGAUUUAACCACUGGAGUCAGAUGGAUUAAUUUUAUGCUGCUUUUAUGUGCUUUUUGGACCCUUUGAGUUCUGGUCACCAUUCACUUGCAUUGCAUGGACCUACAGAGCUGAGAUAUUCUUCUAAAAUCUUUGUGUUCAGCAGAAGAAAGUCAUACUCAUAUGGGAUGGCAAGAGGGUGAGUAACUGAUGAGAGAAUUUACAUUUGUAGGUGAACUAUCCCUUUAAAUUCCCCUUUCCAUAGCUCACUGAGCACUUACAUUUACUAUAAUGUUUGGUUUGAAUGGCACUUAAAUUUUAUUUUUUGUUUUGAGUCUAAGGAAGAUUCACCAUGGAUUUCUCUAGUUUCGUUGUGACAGGAGCAGUAAACAUGCAUUAUAACUGCACAGAACUAUUGAUAUGAAACUUGAUCUGACUUCCUUAAAUAGUACAACUCUGGGCUGUUUUGAUGAUCAAUACAUAUUUUAAAGUUUCACAAUGCAGGGGGUUGGUGGUCACAGUAACACAUAUGUGAAGUUGGAACAUUUAUGGUUGAAUGCCAUUUUUCUAGUGUAGGUGUAUGUUGUAAGAACCUCUUCUGAACUUUAGUUUUUAGUUUGUUUGGUGUUUUACAUGUACUCUAUUCCUCUUUUGAUUCCCUUUGAAACUACAGAAAGCCAUAUUUGUUUGUUGUGCAUCACUGGCUCUCUGUGUUUAAAAAUAAAACUUUUAAACCACAGUAUUUUAAUAUUUGUUAUAAAUAUCUAUAUUUUUCAUUAACAAUAGGUUAUGAACUACUGACACUUGUAUUGUUAUGCAAUAGUGAAAGACUAAGUGAAACUGUUAUACUGUUAUAUGUAGAUGUUAUACUGCUUUACAUUAGUUUUUUAUGAUAAUCUUUUUGAGUACAGUUCAUAAUUAGGCUAAACAUCUUAACAAUGUGACAGCAAUUAAAACAUUGUGAACUUUGAAAUGAAUUAGCCAUUGCCUUAUUCAUAUCAUAAUCUUUAUUACAAUAUGAUAUUAGUGCCUCUGAAAAUAUGUAAGAGUACAAAUGCUUCUUGAGAACAUUAAAACAGAAAACAAGCACAACAUAAAUGUGAUAUUUAAU